CUAAACCUGUUAGCACAAACGAUCCGAGUCCUUCUCAACGCCUGAAGAGCAGAGCUAGCUGGCAGCAGAUGGUGCGGAAGUGGGCGGUGACUUAACCUGCUGCAUAAACAUGUCAUGAAGACGGCGCCUGGUCAUUCGUCUUGCACGCCGCCGUACGUACAGAAGCUUUUCUUAUUCUACCGGGGAGGAGAUGAAUUGACAAGAUAAUCAGAGUAGAACUCCAAGAAGGUGACAAGUAGCUGCUUACAUCAGGCGGUGGACGCGCAAAUCUAGCCCUGCCGUAACGGCUCUGUGCAAGGUGACAGAAAGGCACGACAUAAGAUUGGUGUCAUGACUUCGCGAGGAUAGCGGGCGCCAGCGUGUGAAACAAUGGCCGCUGGGCACGAGAAAUCGUGGCUCAUCCUGAUAAUCCUGAUGACCUGCAACUGUCAACAUGCCGCGGCGGACAUCCUUCAUCCCAGCCGCUACACAGAUCUCUACUUCCCGCGGUUCGUGUACACCGCGACCGUGUACGGCGACCAUGACGUCAUGUCACCCAUCGCACAGGUCAUUGCCGUCUCACGGGGGAACGUCACUGUGACGUACGGCAUACGUCACAUUGCCUGCGGGGAGGACGGGGACGAGACAACAGUUGCUGCCGACUCAGGAGUCUUCUCCAUCAACCCACAGGACGGACGUGUAUAUACGUCCGUGAAUAACCCACGUUGUGUGGGAAAAGGUCUGUCAAACAUCACAUGGAUGAUCACCAUCGCGGCUUCUUCGGACCACUUCUACGACACAGCUCUACUAGAGGUGGAGGUAAAACCGGACCAAACGUUCAACUGUGACCCCAAGGAUAUCUGCUUCGGUCCGACCGAGCUGAUCUUCAGCGUGGAAGAGGAGUCAGCCCCUUCAGUUCUGUUUGUAUUUCCGCCAGGGUACGCUGCUAACAGUUGCCCACACACCCGAGCUACCUACGGCAUCAGCCAAGGUAAUGAGAAUGGAGACUUUGCCGUAGACAGACAGUCAUCAGCACUGGUAACCACGCGUCGGCUUGACCGGGACACCACAGAUAGUUACCCCGUCACUAUCGUCUGCAGACUCCAUCACAGAGCGCGCGGCAGGAAGACUGAGAGCAUCUCAACUGCCGCUGCACACGUGGCCGUCACCGACGUGAACGACAACCAGCCUAGUUUACUGCCAAUCGUGAACCGGCAAAAUGUCGUGCAUAUUGCCGAUAGACACAAGGGAAGUCACAUUUUGCCCAGUCCAGUGGAGUUGUGGGACCCUGACCUGGCGCCAAACCCACAUGAAGUCAACCACUAUCACGUUGCCAUAGAAACAGAAAUAUCUGAUUUCGUCGAGACUCAACUAGACAUAGAAGAGCAAGCGGGUCCAACCGGAGUUCCUGGAACACGUCUGAAAACAUACCUGCUUUUGAAGAAAACAGUGCCAUACAUGAUGAAAGGUGAAUAUCCAAUCAGAAUCACAUGGAAAGAUACUUCAGCUGACGCUGUACAGAAUACAGAUUUUGAAACAUUGAACUUCACCAUCGUCAUCGACCCGAUUCAGCUACAGUUUCAAAACCGCACUUACAAAGCCGUGGUGGACAAACGUGCAACAAAGUUUACCAGGAAAAUCAUCACAGUAUAG